CUCACUGUGCGGACAUGUAGUCAGCAGACAGACAGACAGACAGAUCACAGCCGACCACAGAGCGCACGGUCCGGAUGAGGAUGUCGGCACCCCCCAGCAGUGGGGAUGCCUGCCUCAGCAUUGUUCACAGCCUGAUGAGCCACCGGCAGGGCGGGGUCAAUGAGGGCUUCGCCAAGCGAGCCAUUGAGAGUCUGGUGAAGAAGCUGAAGGAGAAGAGGAGCGAGCUGGACGCCCUGAUCACCGCCGUCACCUCACGGGGGGGUGACCCCAGCAGCUGCGUCACCAUCCAGAGGACACUGGACGGACGCCUGCAGGUGGCGGGCAGGAAGGGUUUCCCUCACGUGGUUUACGCCCGUCUUUGGCGCUGGCCCGACCUGCAGAAGAACGAGCUGAGGCCCGCCCCUUUCUGUCAGUUCGCCUUCGACCUGAAGUACGACAGCGUGUGUGUGAACCCGUACCACUACGAGCGCGUGGCCCCCCCCACACACACAGGUCCUCAGACUGGGAUCAAGGAGGAGUUCCUGCAGGACUGUCUGCAGGUCCAGCUGCCCCCCCAGUCUGACCCCUACAGCCAGCCCCACCCCGCCAUGUAUCCCAGCAUGCCCCUGUCCCCUCCAGGCAGCAGCUCCCUGAUUCCUGCAGCUCUGUCAGCUGUUUCCUGUGGGAGGAGGGGCGGGGGGGUCUGCAGCGAUGGCCCUGGCCUCCUUCAGAUCGCCCCCCCUCAGAACCACGCCUCCCCGCCUCACCCGAACCCCCCUCACACCCCACAGACUCCUCAUCCCCCCACACACACCUCCCCACACCAGCCUGAAUAUAGCAGCCCCCCCAAGACUGACACCUGGCCAGGUGCUAGCCCCGCCCACUACAGCCCUGCAGGACAGAGUGGGCGGAGCCAACUGCAUCACAGUCACCACACCCCCAACACACACUUCUGUAUGAGAUCAUGGUCCCAGCAUCACAGCUCUGCUCCGUACCCACAGCCAGUGUCCAACCACCCAGGUCCGGAGUUCUGGUGCUCCGUCUCCUACUUCGAGCUGGACGUCCAGGUGGGGGAGAUGUUUAAGGUGCUGUCCAGCUGUCCUCUGGUGACGGUGGACGGUUACGUAGAUCCUUCCGGGGGAGACAGAUUCUGUCUGGGACAGCUGAGCAACGUCCACCGCACCGCGGCCAGCCAUCGGGCCAGGCUGCACAUUGGGCGGGGGGUGCAGCUGGAGUGUCGGGGAGGGGGGGACGUCUGGAUGCGUUGCCUUAGCAACCAUGCAGUGUUUGUCCAGAGUCUGUACCUGGACCGGGAGGCGGGAAGAGCGCCGGGAGACGGAGUCCACAAGAUCUACCCCGGAGCGUCUAUCAAGGUGUUUGACCUGAGGCAGUGCCACAGACAGAUGCAGCAGCAGGUCAGAGCAAACCCCGGACCCCCCGCUGUCAGUAUGACUGUCUGUCUGUCUGCAGGUGUGUGUCCGGGAGGACUGGGCGUGGACGACCUGCGCAGGCUGUGUAUCGUGCGUCUGAGCUUCGUUAAGGGUUGGGGGUGUGAUUACCCCCGGCGGAGAAUCAAGGACACCCCCUGCUGGAUGGAGAUCCACCUGCACCGAGCCCUGCAGCUGCUGGACCAGGUGCUGCACACACUGCCAGCACGGGAACACACACUCUGACACACACACACACACACACACACACACACACACACUUCCGGCUGGCUUCAGACAAUCACAGAAGCUGAUGCUGCGUUCACAUGGGAGACAGAGAGAGGCAGCCUCCUCCCUGAUUACCCGGUGGGGAGGGACCAGAGACUCUGCUGUGAUGACUGAAUCAAAGCUUCGUCAGAUCUGUCCGUUACAGCAAGGAACUUUAAAAUGUUUCCUGAAUGGAGUUUGGUCCAGGGGGGCGAGCAUGAAGCUGCUCCUCAUUCAGACUUCUUUCUGGAUAUUUAAAAAUUCUGUAUUUUUUCUCAUCAAUCUCAAUCUCAUCAUUCAGACAGAAAACCAGGCAAUCUAAUUUUUUACCUUAAAGUUACAAACAAAAAUUCUUAAAAUUACAAAAUUCUGACUUUUUUCUGAAAUCUCAUAAAAAAACUUUCAUUCUGAGAUUUUUCCGAAAAAAGUAGAAUUCUCAGAUUCUGAGUUUACAUGAUUACAAGGUCAUUUCUAGAUCCGAGUUCAGAUCUUCCUGUCAAGUGUAGAGUUUGUACAGACCUGAAAAACAUGUGCCACUUCCUGUGGUGUUCCCUCCUGUAGUCUGUAGGUGUUAGUGCAUGUAAAUGGUCUGCAGAGGCUAAAAUCCCUGAGUUUCUCUUCCACACAUUCAAAAGCAUCUUUGAAUUAACUUUACUGUAUUGAUGAAGCAGCAUCAGACUCAUUUGCAGUAAGAGAUCCCCCCAUUGAAGCUAAAUCUGUAUCUGACCCCGACCCUGAGUGACGUCAUCUUUAUUUAUUGUCAUUAAAUACCAAAGAUUCAUCUCCCGCUCUUGAUGACACCACAUCCUGUGUACUUUGUCAGAUUAUUUAUUCUGUCUGUCGUUUUAAACACUUUUAAUUGUUUUCAUGCUUUUAUACUGAAAGGGUGUCCGUCUGCUGCUUGUUAGAAUAAACCUUUGCAAUAAA